UUCUGUUGCACCAACUCGUUCAUUGAACCUUUGGAAGUGUGGGUCCAGAGUUUCUUACUAUUAUUUUUCUUUCGUUUGUGUAGGUCCUGUUCGUUGCAGCGAAUACUCCACCAAUACUAUAGUGGUUGGGUUGACUUCAAGUCUUCAACAAUCACUCACUAUCAUAGCGCUGCAGUUUAUUUUAUUUUAUUUUAUUUUAUAUUUUUGUUAGUUGUUGAUCGAGACGGUGAGCUUUGGUCUCUCGCUGGGUGGAUUUUGAAAGCUGCGUUAGUGCAGCAAUAACACCGUGAGAAAUGCAGGAAGGUAUUGAUGGCCACGCGUACCCUGAAAAGUUGAAUACAUCCAUGAGGAACAGUCCGAUGGGUCUGCCUCUGUAAGCUUGGACAACAGGGAGAUCUGGAGUCUGUUGUGCAGCUUUAGUGUCACUGUUCUCAGGACUGUUCUCAGUGUACAUGUGAAUUCAUAGAGAGCAAGUGUGAGAACUGACCUUGGACGUACCCAUUGAACAACUUCAGUGAAGGAUUGUGCUGCCAUUACUGCUUCAUCCAGGGCCUCAUUAAGUAGGCAUGACUCUAGGGCGGCCACCUUCUAAGAGUAAAAGAAAACUUUUCAGUGUAACAAACCAUGUUGUGCAGCAGAUAACUUACUUCUCCUGCUAAGUCAUCGAUGCAAUCAAUCCGGUCUUUAUCCUGGCUCGACCAAAUAUUCAUUGUUUGUAGUACAUAUAAGCUUUUGAAACAAUCCACGAAGGGGAAUGUCAUAUAUGGUUCCAAGUUUUCUGAUAUUUGUGUAACCAGUUGUAUUAAGUGCGAGAGGCGUUGUCUCAGGUUCCUGUGUUUCUGCGAGCUUAGGUAUCGAAGAUUUUUGCAAGCAUGGCGACCUCAAUGGCGAAGGUAGAAGAGGCCAAGACGGGAUUGAAGCUGGAGGAUCCCAUCCAAGUUGCGACAGGGCCUGAAUCACUCGACAAGGCCGUGGAGCUGAUCACCCUUUUCGACCUGCCGAAUGGUUUGCUACCGCUCAAGGAUGUGGUGGAGUGUGGUUGGAACCAGGACACAGGCUUUGUAUGGAUCACGCAGAAGAAGGCCAUUGUGCACAAGUUCAAGAGCAUCGACAAGCAGGUUAGCUACAGUGACAAGAUCACGGCGUAUUUGGAGAAAGGGCGGCUGAAGAAACUGACCGGAGUCAAGGCAAAGGAGCUUCUGUGGGUGUCCAUUGUGGACAUCUCCUUGGAGCAAAACAAAGACAACAUCUACUUCAAGAGCUUCAGCGGCCUGGGGAAGACCUUCCCUACCAUAGCCUUCCGAAGAGAUGCCGAGCAGUGAUACCCCACCUCAGUGAUUGCAAGAAUAAUUCUUGGACCCGCAAUGUUAACCAAUCCCAACCCCAUUUUUUUUGCAUGAAGAUUAUGUUGCAGGAGUUCGGUUCGGCAGGCAACGACUACUUGCUCUAGAAGGAUAAAAAUUAUUAGGUGUAGUGUUCACAAGGGCUGUGAGAUGUACGGCUACCUUGAGUCCCUAACCUGGCCUGGGUUAUGAGGACAUUGUUUCUGGACAUUCUGCUUAUUGUUAAUUCACGACCAGAUUUUCUUCUUCA